GUAAUGUAAACUUUGAGAUAAGAAAAUUGAGGAACUCGGAAAUUUCAAAGAUAUCAGUUGCCUUUAUCGCGUCAUCAAAGCCAGAUAAGACGAAAUCGAGGCGAACAAUGACAAGGAACCUGCUCUGUGUUGUGGCUGUGCUGGGUUUGAGCCAGAGUGUUAUUGGAGGAAGCCCACAUCAACCUAUUCUCACAAAGAGAGGGGCUCUCUCCUAUGUUGUGAGUCAAGGUUGUCCUUAUCUUGUACAUUACGUCCACGAUAAUUACUUUUCGUACCGCCGUUACCGCCAGGUGUCGCCCUCCACUACUGCCCCACCCACUCUGAACUGGGUGACGUACGUGUACGACAGGGGCGUGGCUAAUUACGUUCCUAUGGAACUCAUUCAUGGCUACAUCAGUUGUGGUAUGAAAUAUGCUUUGUAUGCAGUUAAGGCCCCCUCCAACAUUUUACAGCAACUCCAUGCGGACUUCUCCGGCAUUCCUGGUGUUUUAGGGUAACACCUGCUUGAGGAUUGAUUAACAACAGAACAAGUUUAUAUGAUAAAUAAAAAUACUUUAAUUUUU